CAGUGUCACUGUCACAUCACAAGUUGAAGUGUUGAAUAUUUUGAAGAGGUUGAAGUCGAAAGUUUCGGCAAAUAAAUAAAGUUUGCGUAAUUUUCGUCAUCACCGGUCAACAAGGGUAUGUGUAAUUAAAUUAUGUAUAAUAUCCAGAGAUUCAUAUGAGGCGAGCAUCAUUGUGAAUAAGUAAAAAGAUAUAGGACUGGUUGGUGGGCCAGUACGCAAGUGUUGAAAGACGUUGAAAGAAGUUCAUUUUAUUUGAAACAGUCAUAAGCUUAGACCCGACAAACUGGCGACAAAGAAAUUGAUUUUUGAGAGUCUGUUAUAAAAUCAAUUCAGUAAGUUUAGACCAUACAAAAAAUAUGCAGAACGUAAUUAAUAGUGUAAAAGGAACAGCGCUAGCAGUGGGAGAGUAUUUAACACCCGUUUUAAAGGAAUCAAAGUUCAGAGAAACGGGGGUACUGACUCCUGAAGAAUUUACAGCUGCAGGUGAUCAUUUAGUGCACCAUUGCCCAACUUGGCAAUGGGCAAGUGGAGAUGAAGCCAAAUCUAAACCUUACUUGCUAAAAAAUAAGCAAUUCUUGAUAACCAGAAAUGUACCCUGUUCAAGAAGAAUUGAACAAAUGGAAUAUUCAAGAGAAAUGGAAAGAAUAAUAGUAUCUGAUGAUGCUGAUAAUGGUUGGAUAGACACUCACCAUUAUGAUAAGGAAUUGUCUUCAUCAGUUGAAAAUAAAAUAUCUGAAAUGACAUUAGAGAGUACAAAAUCGGAGAGCAUGGAAGAAGCAGCUCUAAAUGAUGAAAAUGAGAAAGAAGAUGAAGAUGAUGAUGAAGAAGCUGCUGAUAUGGAAGAAUUUGAAGAAAGUGGGAUGCUUGAAGAUGAUCAGGUUGUCAAAGUGAUAGAGCCAGUAGAACAAAAUAAAAGCAGUGCUGAAGAUGGUGAAAUAAUACAUACAAGAACUUAUGACUUGCACAUUACUUAUGACAAAUACUAUCAAACUCCUAGGUUAUGGCUUACUGGAUAUGAUGAGAAACAUGAGCCUUUAUCGGUAGACGAACUUUAUGAAGAUGUUAGUAAAGAUUAUGUUCAAAAAACUGUCACCAUGGAAACGCAUCCACAUCUUAGUGUACCCAAAAUGGCGUCCGUACAUCCUUGCCGGCAUGCCGAAGUGAUGAAAAGUAUCAUAGAAACUGUAAUGGAAGGUGGAGGUGAACUAGGAGUACACAUGUAUCUAAUUAUUUUCUUAAAAUUCAUGCAGUCUGUCAUACCAACCAUCGAGUAUGAUUACACGCAGAAUUUUACCAUGUAAAAUUUGGUCUGAAUGCAGCUUUCGAGUUAGAUGUUAAGUCAUAAUUCGCUCCAUAAUUAACAG